CAAUAUUAUAGUGUGAGAUAUGGAGUUUAUACCUGACCAUAAGAUUGAGAGCAGAACAGUUGCUUCACAUGUGAGGAAAAGCAACAAAAAAAUUAAGACAAAUUACACUCGUAACUCUCUGAAAGCCUUUAAAGACCAACAUGAAUUUGCAGGAACAGAAAUUAAAAGUCACAAAGAGGCAUACUUCUGCACCAAAAAUUACGAGAAUGUUUUAAAGAGCCCUAAGGCUACUCAAGCUAUGACAGAAAUUAAUUCUAGUAGUAAGAAGAAGCCACCUGGCCAGAAGAUACAGGAUUGAAAUAACAGAAAGUGUCAUAGAGCAUCUUCAACAACCUAUCAGACCUCUUCUCCUCAGAAGAAUGUAGGAUCAUGCUCAAAAUCAAAAGUUAUAAAUCCCUCGAAGACUGCAAAGGUAUCUUUAGCUGACAAGGAAGGGGUAGUUUUGUACCCAAUCCAUAGAUGAGACUCUAUCAGCCAGAUGCUAGAGUUCAUGAACCCCCAAGAUUCUAAGGAAAAGAUAGACUCUCUUCAACCGAUCCAAGAGAGUUACAUCGAGAGUCUUAUUGAUAAAAUGAUUGAUGAAGAAGAUUUUGGUUGUAAUAAUGUCACAUUUACCAACAAAAUUUAUAACUAUGGUAAGGAUAUGGAUGUUAUUUGGACCUACCAUUACUCUGACAUUGAAAGCAGAGCGAAUAAACCACCUAAAACUAAAGCACAGCUGGAUAACAUGCCCGAUCUUGAGUGUCUUAAGCAUCUAAAUUGUCCUAUAUUAUAUAAAUUGGUGAAAAAGAAGAGUCUCAGUGAUGUAAGCUAUUCUGAAGAGAUCUGAGGAAGCGUCAGAACUGUUUACUCCUCAGAAUCCGAUGACCGAAUUGAUGACUUCAUGACUGAGGGUGAAAUGUUACAGAAAGUAUCUGAUUUCCUAAAUUUUGCAAACUUUAGCAUUCCUUCUGAGCAAGACAAAUUAGCCUCAUCAGACCAUUCUCACCGGGACUCUAUUGUUGAGCUGGACUUUGAUGGAGAAAAUGUAGUUCUUUUUAAGCUAAUCAGGCCAUCAGCUUCUAGAGUUAAGAAGAACAGACUUAGAAGAAUUAAUAAGACGAUGAUCGUAGACCCUAAAUCUCUUGAAAAACUGUAUGCAGCGAGGAGAGAAUAA